UACUACUACACUAAACACAUAACCCAUAAAACCCCCAAAAAUGACGAAAUCAACUUCAGCUUCCAUUCUCUUACUCACCCUAAUUUCCGCAAUAACCCUAAACGACGUCGUUUCAGAAGGCCCGACGGAGCUCAAGAGCUGGUUCGAGAUGAUGAGCCGCGACAAACCGCCCGAGAAAAUUACCAAAUUGCACUUCUACUUCCAUGAUUUGGCCAAGGGCAAAAACGUAACUGCGGCCGUGGUGGCCCGAUCCAACGUCACUUCUUUCGGGGUGCUUGCUUCGGCGGAUGACCCGCUGACAGUCCGACCCGAACUGACGUCUAAACGGGUGGGCUAUCUGAAAGGGUUGUACAUGACGGCGUCGUUUGAGGAGGUCGAUCUUCUCAUGGCUAUGACCUUCGUCUUCACGGAUGAAACCUACAAUGGUAGCUCGCUUUCGGUUCUGGGCCACAACCCGCACCAACAUUUGUACCGGGAGCUACCCGUUGUUGGCGGGUCGGGUCGGUUUCGCCUGGCCCGAGGAGUUGCGUCGCUGCAGACCUAUUUCUACAAUCGCACUAUAGGGAAUGCUAUCGUAGAGGUUGAUAUUAUGGUUUUCCAUUAUUGAAAUAUUUUGGAAUAUCAACUGUGGAAACAAUAAUUAAAUAUUGGACUUCUCUAAGUUGGGAGGAUCGAUAUUGUGUGUCAUGUUAUUUUCUUCA